AUGAAGUUAAUCCUCCUAUAUCUAUGCCUUGUAGGCUUAUCUUAUGCUGGUCCGCUGCGCAAACCACGCAGGGCAGGAUAUGGAAGCAAAAGUGAAGAAAUGAUGCAGUUUGGUCCAUAUGGUUAUAUAAAUCCACCACAAAUUGCUGGUUCCUUUUAUGGCUACCAUUCAAAUUACCCACAGAUGUUCUCCCAGUGGCCUAUAUUGCCUCUGCAGAGAUUUUUCCUCUGGCCACAAUCAGCCUCAUCAACCCAUCAAGCUUCUAGGGUUCCCCAACAGAAGCCUCAACAAAUUCCAGGAACUAAGCAGCCCAACGAAAGGCCACAGUUACCACCACAACAGCAACCAAGAUAUCAGCAGCCACAACCUCUGCCAAAACAGCCACAAAAGACCAACCCAUCUCAGACUUACCCACAAGUGCCAUUUCAGCAUCCUAAGGAGGGAAAACAGCAACAGCAACAGCCCCAGGGUUUUCCUCCAUAUUCGCAACCACCUUGGCAUUUUCCACAGCAUAUGCCAUUUGGACAGCCACCUGUCAGCAACGAAGAAGGGACUCCAUAUUUUGGAUAUGGCUACCCUGGGUUAGGAAAUCGGCCUCCUUAUUAUUCUGAAGAGAUGUUUGAACAAGACUUUGAGAAACCCAAAGAAAAAGAACCCCCUAAAGAGAACCCAGCAACAAACUCAACAGUUUCAGACACAAAUUCAACCAUUCCAGCCAGCCAUGGAGAGAAUGCUACUCUUUCAGGAAUCAGCACGACAAAUAAUGAGGCCAAUUUUCCAGGUCUUUCCAAAAAAAUUGUUAGUGGAAACGGAAUCCCAACACUUUCUCCUACUGGUCAUAUGUCAGGACAAAAUGAAGCAGCCCAGAAUGGCUUUGAUCAAUCAAAUUAUAGACCUAAGUCUACAAAUACCAAUGUUUUUCACAACUUUUUUUCAGGUAGUCAACAACCCAGGGGACGUGGUACAUAUAUUUAUAAACCCAACCCAGAUAUAAGUAAUUCAAGACAUAACACUUUAGUUUCUAGAGGAAAUCCAUCGAUGCAAGCUGAAAACCCCGAAGACCCUUGGGUUUAUAGAGACAAUUCAGUUCACGGAGCUAAUCUGCAGAAAAUUAACAGUAAUCACCCAACUGCAAAAAAUAGGCCAAACUCAUAUGGGGAACAAGAGAAUUUUCAUUAUCCUGGAAAUAAUCCAUCAAGCUGGAGAGCUCAUCCUAGCUCUGAUCCAGGAUCUCAGUGGAAUAAGAAUCCAGCAUAUGGAGGUAAUAAACAACCUAGUUCUCCAUCAGAAAGCCAUUCUCUGAACAAAGCGGAAGAAAACACUGAUAGGUAUCACCCUUCUAGAAAACAACAGUCAAAUGGUCAAUCCCAUCGCGACAUAUUUUUGGAUACAAGGGGAACUCCAUUUGAAAAAGAAGCCCAUAAGAAUGAUUGGAACGAACGGUCCUUUAUUCAUCCAGAUCAUCAGAGAGAACAAUUUCCAUCUUUACAAAACCGAAUGUGGAACCAGAAAGAUUUAGAGAUAGUUAAAGAAAUUCCUCCAGGAUAUAAUUCAGCGUACUCCCCAGGUUCUGUUCAUCAGAGGGAACAUGCUACUUAUUCUGAUAAGAAUUCUUACAGGCAGCAAGCUCCUUCCUUUUAUCCCAAAUUUUGGGAUGACAAAGAGAAUUUCCCUACAAUAGAGCGUCCAGGCCAAAGAGAAAGGCCAUCUUAUUCGCCCCUUUUGCCUUCAGAUCAAAUGCACAGGAGCGAAUAUCAUGGAAGCAUUCAGCAGGAAAAUGAAUUAUAUUCCAGGCAAAAUAUACAGCCCCAUGAAAAACAUUUGGCUGAUCCUGAUAUUCAAUACCAAAAUCCCCCCUAUAAUCCAAGUGAGCACCAUAUAAAUCCCAAAUAUUAUGCAGAACAACCAGCCAAUGAAAGAGGCAAUUUGCCAUAUGAGGAAAUUAACAGAUGGAUUCCAGAACAUUCUCCAGUUCAUGGUUCAGAACAUUAUGAAAAUGUUCCAUAUCAUAUAAGCAAUACACAUGGUCACACAGAGAAGAAUCUGCCAUACUCUCCACCACAAACUAGUAAUAUUUUCCAAGGAAGAUCACCUUAUGAUGAAAGAGAUACAUGGGCCACCAAAGUGGCUGACCCAUCUGCUCUCAAAGAAACGUCAUCCUACUUUAAUACGUACUCCUCAAACAUCAGAAAAAAUCCAACAUAUACUGAAGAUACAUGGCGAGCUGUACAUAUUAGUGCACCCAUUUCAAGUAAUAAUGGUCCUGGAAGGAGAAAUUAUCCUAAUGCAGGUGUAUAUCCAAGAGAACACGAAACCAUCACCUCUCACCCUACUAUCAAUUAUUUUUGCUGUGCAGGUGAGUCCCCAGGGGGAAAUGAAAAUAUACUGGCACCUUUGAGACUUGCACCUCAAUUCAAUCUGGUUUCAUGGGAACAAAAAAGUAGUCCAACUUAUCCAGAAGGUAGUCAUGCCUUGUAUGCCAGACGUCCUGCAUACCUAGCUGGUAUCCAGUCUAAUCAUUGGAACAAUUCUUUAAAGUCUAAUCAAAGAGAAAAUCCAGGUGACUUUGGGGAAGAAGUAGCAGAUCUAGAGAUGAGUCUUCCAUGCUCCAAUUCUCUAUUAGGCCAAACAAGCGAUCAUGAUACUGUCUAUGAAACUGGAUUAUUUCCUUCCAAGGGUAUACUUUGCUCUAAAAAUAGUAUCAGAGGGGAUGGCCAUAGUGUUCUUGCUCAUAUUGUGGAGGUAAAUCAGCCCAAGAGAGAGUUUGAAAGGGCAACUUUAAGGUUUCCACAACCACAAAGCAUAAGAAAUGAAGCUGUCAGUGAUAUUGAUAGGAAGGCUCACCGUGCAACACAAGGGUUUGGGUGGACACCAUGCUUUGGAAGUUGGUUAAAACAGCAUAUAUCUAGUACUGGAGACCCAUUAGUGGAUCAGCCUUCUGAUGUCUUUUAUUUAGAGAAUUCAAUGCAUGCUGGAAAACCUAUCAUGCUGCCUGAACCCCAGCCAAUGUCUAGCACCGUCCCAUCUCAAGAUGCAGGAGAAGAUCAAUUAAAACUCACUUCUCCAGAAGAACAGAUGGGACAACCAAAUGAAAGGACAACAGAUUGUUUACUCUUCCAAGAUGAGUGA